AUGCCAAAUUAUCUUUCUCAAAAACUAUUACGUUCAACAGCGAUGAGCAAAGAUAAUGAGGAGGUUCAGGACACGAAAGGCGUACUCUUUAAUGACGAAGAGGAUUAUAAUGAAGAAGAGGACUUAGACUUUGAUCCCUCGAAGGAGGAAGGCGCGCAGCCAAACGAAAGCGAUAAUGAUGCUGAUGGGGACACUGGUGAUGAUGACAAAAACUACGAAGAAACCAAUCCAGAUUACUCUAACAUUGAAAGUGGACAAGGUGGUUUAGUCAGGACUAGACGUGCUAGAGAACUCGAAGAUGAGCUUGCGCGCCGCCAGAAAUACGAGCAUAUCAAGCAAGAAGGUAUAUCGCAAGAGGCAAAGUCAGUUUGGGAUGAGCUUCAGCAGGAAAGCACCAAAAGGCUUCAUAAAAGCACAUCUAUUAUGAGCCAAACCAAAGAUUCAUUGGGUGAAGGUUUGACCGAAGAACUGAUUCUCAUUGACCGUAAAUACGAAUUCGCUGGCGAAGUCAUGCAUGAGAAAAAAUGGGUACCUAAGUCGAGUGCAGAAGCGCAAGAAUUCCUCCAAAGCACAAAGUUCACCAAGAACCCAGAUCCUUCAACAAAAACUAAAUCUGCAGUAAAUGAUCAGGGCCUUAAGCUGAGGCGCCCCUUAAAGAGGCCUGCGAUUUUGGAGCAAAUCAUUGCCGGUGCCUUAAAACCAAAAUUGACUACGCUUGAAAAGUCAAAACUUGAUUGGGCAACAUACGUCGACAAAGAAAACCUCAAUGAAGAACUUAUAUUGCACAAUAAAGAUGGUUACUUGGCGAAACAGGACUUCUUGAAUCGUGUUGAAACCUUUAAGGACGACAAAUACAGAGAAAUGAGGAAAAUACAAUUGCAACAGCGAAUUUCGGAUACAUAA